AUGUGGCAGGACACCAACAACGUUUACGGUGCCUCUUCUUCCCAGGGACAGUACUACACGCAGCCAAACCAAGGCACGUCGCAGGGUGUACCGCUCCAAUUCUAUGCGCCAAGUCCCGUUGGCAGCUCCUUCUACCCCGGCUCGCGGUCAAGCCUUGAAGGGAACGUAGGUGCACAGGGUCCAAUAUCUCAGCAAGGAGUUCCUCCUGGUUAUGGAGGAAACAUCCAAUCCGCAGGAGGGUGGUGGACAGCGUUUGGCACGGGUGGUUUCGAGGGCGAACCACCAUUGCUUGAAGAGCUUGGAAUUAACUUCUCACACAUUCGCGCGAAGUCACUGGCUGUGCUCAAUCCUCUCAGACGUGUCGACGAGCGAAUCAUGGACGAUGCCGACUUGGCGGGGCCCCUCCUCUUUAUCAUUUGCUUCGGGACAUUCUUACUGUUCUCUGGCAAACCCCAAUUCGGAUACAUCUAUGGGGUUGGGCUGCUGGGCUCUGCCUCGAUCUAUGUACUACUGAACCUAAUGUCUGAGAUCCCCAUCGACGCAUUCCGCGUUGUUUCCGUCCUGGGGUACUGCCUACUGCCAAUGGUUGGUGUAGGCGCAGUAAGUGUAAUGGUAACGCUUGAUGGCACUUUGGGCUACCUUCUUUCCACACUAUCGAUACUUUGGUGUACCUAUGCGGCCUCGGCGAUAUUCGUGGCCGUGCUUCGCAUGUCAGAUCAACGAUUCCUUGUAGCAUACCCUGUGGGUCUUCUGUAUGGUUGCUUCGCAUUGCUCAGCGUCUUCAAUGUCGGUGGCUCGGGUUCAACCAAGUAA